UCGCCAUCAAAUAAUGAACGGUCGGUAAAGUCUUUACAAAAGGCGAAUGGUCUAUUCUGAUGGUUUAGGGUAUAUGCACGAACUCGAUUGAUCUAUUUCCGUAAAAGAAUACACUAUAGGGUUGCAACACAGUCGAAAGAGCAGUACGGCCUUUUAAGAAGUAUACCAAACUUCUGUCAAGGGUAACGCCAAUCACAAACGUUCGUGAAGUAUUCGACACUACUGGUUAUUACGAUGGCAAAGCCAAGUAAAAAGGCUUCAACAGCCCCAGCAAUGCAAGUUACAUUCUGCGAUCAGACUACAAGGACCACUCGGCAAAUAUCGUAAAGUCAACAGGUCUUUGGAAAUCACUGGCUGAUCACCACACAACAGCACCAAAGCAAUCCAGUUCGCGUUUGAGCGUUUCCACAGUAAAGCAGCAUGCGAGGAAAAAGCUCAGUACAGUGGACAGGAACCACUUUUUGCGGUCAUUCGGUAAAACUACUUUACAAGGUUAUAUGGAAGAGGAGGUCGAGAUAUAACCUGACAGAGAUAUAGAAAUAACGGUACAACAAAAACAGAGGUUGGAAAACUUGGUGGCCAGUUCAGAAGUGGCUGGAAGCAGCAAGCCAGAGUUGCAACAAGAGUUAAGAAAAGUCAAAUCCGCAGGUCCGAGACUCAAGCAGAAAGCAGACCACAAACCUUCAGCAUUCGACGAAGAUUUGCUCAAAGCCGAGGGAGUGAGUUCUCGGUUGUUGACUGCGAUCCUGGAGCCGCAUUGAAGGAAAACAUUCGCAAACAGUCGGCGAGGCGGAGAAUGAGGCGUAUCAUGCUAGCCGAUAAGGAAAAAGCAGAAAAAGAGAGACAAGAAAAACUGGAAAGAGGCAAACCAACAACCAGGAAAAGCACACUAAAGAGCGCAUCGUUUGCGGUGAUGGCGCUUGGGGCGGAAUCCACAUUCGACCGGAAAUACUCCAGGAAUAUUGCAAUAGCAGAAUUUCGAUGGGCAGCCCUCGUGGUGAGGAUACUGUGUCGCUUUUCAAAAAUAAUUGGCGACAUUUCCGCACGGAAAGCAAAUGACGGCAGCACAAAAAUCAUGGAAAGCUCUGAAGCACAACAACGAUGUCAAAGAAAUUUUGUUCAACAUGUCGGUCUUCCAGAAAGGCAGCUCGGUUCCAUGAUAUAAGGCUGCGAAAGCCGGGAGGCGCGUUAUCUUGCGUAAGGGACACGAGGGCAUCGCAUUCUACUUCAUCUUCUCCGGCUCUGUAUUCAUCAAUGUCGAGGAACUGCUCAAGAAGUCUGAUCACGUGAUGUGGCAUACGUCAGUCAUCCUCCACAGAGGAGAUAGCUUUGGGGAGCUAACUCUGUUGCGCAAGACCAAGCACACGGCAUCGGUAGCGGUUCGCGAGGAUGUGGAAAUGCUUGUGGUGAAUAAAGACGUGUUUGCCAUCACGUGCCCAAAGAUCUAUGACAAAGAGAUAGGGGACAAGAUCACCUUUUGCAAGAACCUGAAGCUUUUUGAACCUUGGUCAGAAGACCUUCUGAAGAACAUCUGCUUUGAAGCCCAAGUCCAAGAGUGGAAGCUGAACAGAAUCAUCGUGAAAGACAGCAGUAAGGAGACGGAGUGGAUCUAUAUGUGCAUGCAGGGGAAGUGUUCUGUGGUGAAAAUCCAAACCUGAAGCCCCCCUCGCGCGUCAUGGGUCCGCGAAAAGUAAAUUACGGCGAGUCCUACUUCACCAUGCUGGGGGUCAAGGGACGCUCUCGUGCCCAGGCAAGCGCGAACGCAUGAAAACGAGACUUGGAGAAAAGCAUCCAGACGUUCAGUUUCGCGCUCAAGAACAAGAAGGUGGAUGACCAAGAAGGUGAAGAUGAUGGCCGGUGAGUCAUUGCUUGCUAGUGGAUGCCAGAUUAAAGUCACUUGCAAACAGGAUUUCGAUAGGAAUCAUGGGCUGAAUGCGAAAAAAGGUUCGAAGCACCCCAACCCUUCGAGGAAUUUAAUAAUUAUUAUUAUCGUAAUCAUUCCAAUC